AUGUCACUGCUGACUGCAGUGAACCAACUAGGAUUGGAGUUGGACCAGGAGGCUAUCUCUGCUCUUCAAAGCUUGCCCUAUGACCAGGCCUUGGAGCUGCUCAAGGCUACGCAGCAGGAGAUCCAGGCCGGCUUUUUGAAGGAUCCCAAGAACUACAUCUGCGCGACGGUGGAGCGUGGGUAUGUCCCAAGUGCCGGCACGCUUCCCUCCGGCUCCAUCGGCGGACAAGGCACCGGCCACGAGGCCGCGGCUCAGGCACUGCUGCGCACGACAGGUAUGCGGAAGGUGAAGGCAGCAGGCCUGCCAUUAUCGGGCGAGGCGCUGAAGGCCUUGCUGACGGUGCCGGCAUCGCAUGCAUCCGAAAUUUUGGAGGCGGUGGCAGAGAAGCACACGGAGCUUCCGGAUCCCUCCAACUUUGUCGUGACCACGAUCUCGCGAGGUGGUGGCUGCGGCGGUGGCAAGUCGAGCGGCAGCCUCUAUGAAGCCAUCCACGGACGUGACAAGGAUGGCUACCGGGCCGGCAAAGGCUGCCGCUACGGCGGCAACAGUGCCCCGAUCGGCGGCGCCAGCUCCUCUCGGCGGGCGCCCACACUUCUAGAGUCCAGGUCGGUCGCACCUCACCGCCAGCCUGAGGCCCAGCCCGUCUCCGCGGCCCCCGGGCGCUUGGACCUCGCAGCCGGGCCACUGCUGCGGAUAACUGGAGCGGACCUCCGAGCAGCAGGCACGGCGAAGUCAGCCCCCGUCCGACACCUCCGCCAGCCCGCCAACGCUGCCGCAGCCGCCACCGUGGCAGAGGGGGCGGUCCGUUUGGCGGUCAACGGCCAGUACGUCUGCUAUGUGGAUUCCGAAGGCACCAAAGUCCAAGUAAUCUCCGCGGCAGCGGGGAGUGCGGUGGUCUGCAUCGAUUCUCAUGGAGCGAAAGUGGUAGACAUGGCCGUGGCUCCGAGGGACUCACAUCUCCUCGUGGCCUUUAACAGCACUGGGGUCAACCUCUACAGGCUUCCACAGCCGAGACCAGCAAUGCUGCUGGCCUUCGAUCACUCCCCUCAGGCUGUGGAUUGGCAUCCUUCGAACCCCAAGGUGUUCCUGACUCUGCAGGAAGGCUGCGUCCUGUUGUGGAACGUCCAGACCAUAGCCUGCCACAUGGCAAUGAAGCCAACGGAGGAGGCGAAAAGCGAGCUGGAUCGCCUCGCCUGCAAGGCCUCAGCUGAUCAGCUCACCGAGGGCAGGCUGCAGCGCAUGGCGAUCACAUCCGAUGGUUCCCGGCUGGUGGCGAUCUCCGACCGCAAGAUCUGGCUUUGGUCCGUCCGCAUAGAGGAGACGUGGCCGGCAGUAGUGAAGUUCCUGGGUGCAGUUGCGCUGCAGCAGGCCUUCACCAGUCGCGUCGUCACCCUCCGUGUCGCCUGCGACACGGUGGUGGCGGCCUCCGAGAAGGAGGUUGCCGUCGUCGUGCUGACUCCAGGGCCCCGCACUUGGGUGGAGCAUCAGCAGAUGAUUUCCUUCUCCGGGACGAUCAGUGCCGACGCCUUUCCCCUGAGCACCGGGUCCAAAGCCCUGGCCAUCCUUGCCAGAAGCGGUGAAGAAGAGGCGCAGGUGGAAGCUUUACUCCAAGGCAAUCUGGAGAGCGGCGCAGAGGGCCUGCGCAAGCUCUCAGUGGUUUGCCUCACACAGACCGAUGGCCCAAGCAUCGGCGUGGUUCUGGACGGCUUGCAUUUGCCCCUGCCGGUGCCAUGUCAGCAGCAGGACACUCCGCCCACGGCCAAGGAAGCUUUGAGGGCCGAGCUCGUCAUGAGCAACACCCUACUACAACUAGCCGUGGCAGGGUACAGCGGCCGAGCAGUCGGCUCUGGCGCCUAG